CAGGCAGUGAUUGCAUACGUAUGCGAAGAGUCCUCGAUUUGGGAGAAAAUCACAGCGGCAGUGUGUUGUGCGCGUGACCUCCGCCUCGUUCACGCAGCAAGAGGCCAACAAUCUAGUAUGAGUGACCAAGAUCAAGAGCUGGCCCAACGGGGGGUUUGGUUUCUCUACAGCCUUGAGACAGACUACGCAAUUCACCAUGGCAUGCUACCGAUCCUUGAUCUUGGCUGGGGGAUUCAAUUCCCAUCAUUUGAUAAAGGAGAGGAUGUGAUUACCGUGUCAUACACCUUUUCUGAGCUCCUGCACUCGGUGCUCAAGUUUCAGUACAGCCCGAGGGCACUCAACAAGUCUGCAUCCGCAUAUGAUCGUCGCGAUCGACUGCAGGCCAGCUGUCAUGUUCUCAACGAAUGGCUCAGUGGCCUGCCGGCACCUCUGAAUGAGGCGAAUGAUGCCAAGGUACUCCAAAGCAUAAAGGACGACCGGCAGCUACGGAAGGCGUUCCGUGUCUUCUGCAUGUAUCAUCGGGCUGUGUUUUUCAUCCACUGUCCGUGGAUUACACCGAUUGCCACAGAUGACGCGGAUCUGUCCGGCGUUGCCGAGCAGACCAGGGAAAGAUGUGUUGAGCGUUGUGUCGAGUCGGCAUUUGCGGUUGUCAAGCUGGCUAAUAGCGGGCUCUUCUGGGAAAAGGGGCUUGAAAGAGACAUUGGGUCGUCAAGCAUGAAAUGGGGCAACAUGGGGCAGCUUCUACUGGUAUCACUUUGUUUCAUUGUCUACUACCUCAUAAAUGGAGAGAAGGCGAAUCGCAAGACAGCAAUGCCUUAUCUAGCUAUUUGUGGAGGGUUGUUCGGAAGACUGAGCUUGGAUAGUGACGAGGGUUCUUUGAUGGAUCAUUACUUAGAACUGAUUCAAGUGGUGAGGGCGAGUUGACAUAUUUCGAAG